AUGAAAGGUCUUAUACCCAGAAUACACGCUCCAUUCUCAGUCUCCCCAGCAUUCUUCCUAAUUCUCCUAAUCACCUGGUGCCUAUCAACACUUCCCAGGAUAGUUAACGCGACUUCUUUAACAUACAGUAUUGCUGCACACGAAAAAGCAUGUUUCUAUGCGCACGUCGACAAAGUUGGUGAGAAAAUAGCCUUUUACUUUGCGGUCCAAUCUGGCGGUGCUUUCGAUAUAGACUAUAUUGUAACCGAUCCUCGAGGCCAAUUAGUAAUUUCUGGGGACCAUGAACGUCAGGGAGAUUUUAUCUUUACUGCUAAUUACGUUGGUGAAUACUCUUUCUGCUUUGCAAAUGAUAUGUCAACUUUUGCAGAAAAGCUUGUCGACUUUGAGAUCACCGUCGAGAAUGAACCGCGUGCCGAAUUCCCUCAACGGCCAUCUGCGCCUGAAAUAUCAACCAACAUGGAGGACAGUCUGUACAGAUUGAGUGGCAGUUUGAACGUCGUUGGGAGGACGCAAAAGUAUUUCAGGACUAGGGAGAACAGAAAUCUAUCUACCGUGAAGAGUACAGAGAACAGAAUUUUUUGGUUUUCGCUGUUGGAGAGUGCGUUGAUUGUUGGUAUGGCUGGUUUACAGGUGUUUGUGGUCAGGACUUUCUUUAAUAUCAGAAAGGGUCAGUGGGUAUAA